CUAUCCAAAAAGUAUUGAGAUAGUUUCCAUUCCUUCCUUCCUCCCUCCUUCAUCCUCCCAAAACCACCAUUUUCUCUCUCCUCCCAUUUCUCUCCCGUGUGCAGUAAUAAUAACACCAAAAUUAUAAUUAAACCGCUCCUCUGAUUUGAUGCGUCCUCUCUUCACCUCUCCAAUCAAAACCUCCCUUUCCUUCUCUCUCCCCUCCUAUAAAUCCCCCUCCACUUCUCUCCGAUCUCCUCUCUUUCUUCUCUCUUCACCCGUACUUCCGCCCUUUUUCUCUCUCCGCCGUCUCCUGCCUUCGUUCUCCGGCGAUUCAAAAUCUUUUUCUUCUUCAAUGGCGACGGCUCCUCCGCCGAGGUCUACCACGCCGUCGAUCGGAGUCGGAGUUGUUGCCAAUGAUGUAGGCGUCUCUAGAAGGUCCUGGAACAAGUUCAAGCGCGACUCUACUUUCUCCCUCUUUACUCCAUUUGUUAUCUCCCUUGCUGCUGGUGAUCUUCGGCUUGAAUCUUUCCGCCAUUAUCUCUCUCAGGAUGUUCAUUUCCUCAAGGCCUUCGCUCAAGCGUAUGAAUUGUCGGAAGAAUGUGCGGACGACGAUGACGAUAAAAUUGCAAUUUCGGAGCUGAGAAAGAACAUUCUGGAAGAACUGAAAAUGCAUGAUUCUUUUGCUGAGGAAUGGGGUUCCGACCUUGGCAAAGAAAGCUCCCGUAAUUCUGCAACUCAAAAGUAUAUAGAUUUUCUUUUAGCAACAGCUUCAGGAAAAGUUGAAGGAGUAAAAGGUCUAGGUAAGCUUGCAACUCCAUUCGAAAAGACAAAGAUAGCAGCUUACACUUUGGGCGCAAUGACACCUUGUAUGAGGCUAUAUGCCUAUCUUGGGAAGCAGCUUCAGGCUGUGGUGGAUAAAGACGCCAGUAGUCACCCCUAUAAGAAGUGGAUUGACAAUUAUUCAUCUGAAGAUUUCCAGGCAUGCACUUUGCAAAUCGAGGAAUUGCUGGAUAAGUUGAGUGCCUCUCUAACUGGUGAAGAGCUUGAUAUUAUCGAGAAGCUUUAUAAACAGGCCAUGAAGCUUGAGACAGAAUUCUUUGCGGCACAACCUCUUGCACAAAAGACCGUGGCUCCCUUGUGGAAAGAGCUUAAUCCUGAAGAUUGGCAUCUCACGCUAUUUUCAGAUUUUGACUUGACUUGCACAGUUGUUGAUUCGUCUGCAAUAUUAGCUGAAAUUGCAAUUGUAACAGCUCCGAAGUCUGAUCAAAGUCCAACUGACAGUCAAAUUACUCGGAUGUCAUCUGCUGAUUUGAGAAAUACAUGGGGUGUUCUCUCGAGGCAGUACACAGAGGAGUACGAGCAAUGUAUCGAGAAUAUUCUAUCAGCGGAUAAAGGAGUGGAGUUCAGUUAUGAAGCUCUGCAAAAGGCACUCGAGUUACUCGCUGAUUUUGAGAAAAAGGCCAAUGCAAGGGUGAUCGAGUCCGGAGUCCUCAAAGGUGUGAACAUUGAAGACAUCCGAAAGGCUGGUGAACGUAUAAUCCUUCAAGCUGGCUGUACUAGUUUCUUCCAGAAUGCUGUACAUAAAGAAAAUCAGGAUGUGAAUUUCCAUGUACUUUCAUAUUGUUGGUGCGGUGAUCUGAUCAGAUCAGCCUUUUCAUCAGGGGGGUUGGAUGCAUUAAAUAUACAUGCAAAUGAAUUCAUAUAUGAAGACUCCAUUACUACUGGUGACAUCAUCAUGAAGGUUGAAUCUCCCAUUGACAAACUUCAAGCAUUCGAUGAGAUAUUGGUUAAUCGUGGUAAUGACAAGAAGAACUUUAGUGUAUAUAUAGGGGAUUCAAUUGGUGACUUGCUUUGCUUACUCAAGGCGGACAUAGGAGUCGUCGUUGGAUCGAGUUCAAGCUUGAGGAGACUUGGGAGUCACUUUGGUAUUUCAUUUGUACCAUUGUUUGAAGGUUUGGUUAAGAAACAAAGGGAAUGUGUUGAAGGAAGUUCUAUCAGUUGGAAGACCAAGCCUGGUGUUCUUUACACAGCUUCAAGUUGGGCUGAAAUACAUGCAUUCAUUUUGGGGUGUUAGGGUUGAUUCUUGCCUUGGAUGAGCCAAUUUUCAUAUUAGUUUAGGAUUGAAGCAACUGCCAUAUAUCAUAGGACAUGCAUACAAAUUGGUGGCUGGUUUUAUUAUGGGCCACGGAUGAGCUAUUCUUUUUUGCCUUUUUUGUCUACAAGCAUAGCAUCAUCGCUAUUUUGGAGAUUUAGUUUGCUACCCUUUUCAGCUGUGCACGCUGGUAAAAAGUGUGAUACCUACAAAAGCUGCUAUCUAGACUUCCCCUUUUAAUUCCUUGACGAGGUUAAUGCCAUUUCUGAACUGUUGAUAUGGUGCUGUGAAGUAUUCUUUGGCAGGUGCGACAUGAUCUUGGUGGUUUCAGAGAGAGUUUCUGCAGUCGCGUUAAAAUCUACUGUAAUGGCCUCUUUGUUCUGUCAAUGGCAUUCCUGUUCAAUUUUUGGGGUUAUAUAGGAACUUAGGGAACAUAUUAUUGGAAGUUCGAAUGGAACAUGUAAUUGUUGUAUCCCUCAUAAACUGUUUUGUUAAUAUUCAAAACUUUGAUUCUACUGGUGAGCUCUGAUCUAUUUGUUGGCUAAGAAGCAGGUUCUGGACAGUUCA